AUGAGGCAUCUCAUGAUCCGUCACGUACAGACAGUGCACAGGCAGCACAGGCCCUUCCAAUGCAAGCUGUGCACAUAUGCCACAGCCUACCGACAUCACCUCCGGCGGCAUGCAGAGAAGCACAAGAACCCUAACUUCAGGUGCCGGUACCGCAAGCUGAUGAAGAAGGGGGGACUGGCAAACUGCGGAAGCCAGCAACCGUGUCAUCUGCAAGAUCUGUGGAAGGGAGUUGCAAAACAAGAAGACCUCCGCAGCCACUGCAUCAAGGUUCACAACAGAAUACCCGGUGGCAAGAAUCUACAAUAUGUCCAGGAUGAUUUCAGCAGUGGCGAGAUAAAGCCUGGGACAAGAUAUCAGCCAUCUUACUCCAUUAUUGUGGAGGAUGUUGCACCAGCACAGAUUGAGAAGAUGUACGAAUGCUCAGUCUGCUCAUUUAAGUUCAAGCGUCGCAGCGAUCUGAACCAGCACAUGGCGCAGGGUCACGUCGAGGCGCAGGCCAGCCUGCCAUGCCAGUGUCCCCAGUGUGGGUUGGUGACGGGCAGCGGUCAGCUGCAGCACCACAUGCUGGUACAUCAGGAGGAGAACCUUUUCCAGUGCGAGGAGGAAGGCUGCGACUUCAAGACGGCCCAAGCAGUUCACCUACAGCGCCACCAGAACAAGCAUGCUGCUGAGCGUGAUGUUCUGAUCACCUGCCGUUACUGUCAUGUCAAGUUCCCUGAUGCUAGCAGUCUCCAGAUACACAAUGUCCAGGUCCACAGUGAGCGGACCAACACCAUAGGCACUCGGACCCCCUUCCUGUGCUCCCUCUGCCCCUUCACCAGCACUAACGAGAAAGAUGCCAACCGCCACUUCAAACUGCACAACUACAACUGGCCUUUAAGUGCGAGUACUGUGUCUUCUCAUCCUCCACUGCCUCUGCCAUCGCCACCCACCAAAAGAUUCACCGGUACCUCGACGCAACCCUCCACGACAUUGGUGUCGAAGAAGGCCUCCCAGCAACAACGCCAACGAAUUACAUCCAGCACCUCGGUGAAAUCGGGAGACAAUCAGAACAGUCCUGUUGUAGGCAUCAUCCCAGAAAGGCACGCCCCAAGCAUGUCUUUGUCAGCAACAAGGGAAAGAAGCUGUACGAGUGUCGGUAUUGUCAGAGGUUCUUUGAUGUUGCUGAGGCGUGGCAGCGGCAUGAACUCCGACACAUGA